AGGAAGAGAUCGAAGCGACGGAGAAGAAGAUGGGAACGGCGGUGGGGCAGUGGCUAGAGGAAGCGCUAGUUGAUCUCUGCCGUAAACCGGAGACCGGUUUGAGUUUCGAUCGUGAUGUAAUCUCCGGUCUAGUCUCCUAUUGCGAUCUCGCUCAGCCUGUCGAUGCCAAGGAGUAUCUCGACAAUAUUAUAGGAAAACCAGGAGAAAGCAUCAUUACAGAAUAUCUACAGCGACGAGGAUACAAAGAACCUUCAAGACAUGUAGCAAACAGUUCUAGUCCAGAACUGCAGAUGUAUGUUAAGCCUAAAGUUGAUUAUGUUACUCCUAGUGGAACAAAGAAACCUUUGAAAACACCAAAGGAGGGAGCGUCUUCUAACCCGCAAGCUGUAACCGCAAAAGCAACAGCGCCCGCUUCCCAACAAGCUAACCCUAAGAAGAAGAAAGGUGGAAAGGUGAUUUCUCUAGCGGAAGCAGCUAAAGGAUCGAUAGUGUUUCAGCAAGGAAAACCGUGUGCUUGCCAAGCUCGUAGACACAAACUAGUGAGCAACUGCUUGUCUUGUGGGAAAAUUGUGUGUGAGCAAGAAGGAGAAGGGCCUUGCAAUUUUUGCGGAGCGCUAGUGUUAAAAGAAGGAAGUACAUAUGGUGGGCUAGAGGAAGGUUUUACGCCAGUAUCUGAUGCUGAUGUUGCAGCUGAAGCAUAUGCUAAAAGGCUUGUAGAGUAUGAUAGAAACUCGGCUGCACGUACAACGGUCAUUGAUGACCAGAGUGAUUACUAUGAAAGUGAGGGUAGUAAGUGGCUCUCUGGAGAGGAAAAGGAACUUUUGAGGAAGAAGCGAGAGGAGAUUGAAGAAGCUGAACGAGUAAAAAAGAGUAAAGUGGUUAUGACAUUUGAUUUAGUUGGCCGUAAGGUACUGUUAAACGAAGAUGAUAUCUCAGAACUAGAAUCAAAGAACAGGAUUCUGGGACCACCUGAGAUUAAAAACGUUAACAGAAUAAAACCGAACCCAACGGCAAAGCUCAUUCCAAUCUUUUUAGAUCCGGGACCAAGCGAGAAGAAGGCAAACAUGAGUAGCUCCUCCAAGAGAGACAACAAAAAAAACCGGAAUGGGUUGUGUCUAGAGAUCACCGGAAGGGUGCAACAUGACCGGAGUGAACUUAAGUACUUACAAGCCGAUCCAUCAUCGGUAAUCGAUGGGCUUCAUGUUGAAGAUGGUGGUGAAUGUUCUUUAGACUUCGACUGAAACUUUCUCUUGAAGCCAUUGGAGAAUGAACAAUUACAAGCAAGCUGUCAUAUCUUUUUUAGUUGCAAUUGAAAAUUUUAGUUUUUGGUAUAACAGAAGCUACGGUUUAACGUUUCUAGUUUACCAGACCGGAUACUUUUUUCUGGCUGAGUCCACGUCGGAUAAAAAACAUGGUUGAUACGCCGUCGGUCAUGACAUGAAUCACGUGUUCGCAAGUAUUGGUUUCUCAUUUGCUUGCGUGGCCCAAUUUCCACAUGUUCCUAGCUAAUCAAAAUCGUUUUGUUGGAGCACAAUGAAGAUUUUUCCCUUUGCUUAAAGAGCACUGCUUGUGGGAUAGAAAAUGUUCGAGUUUCGGAUAAAUUUAUUAAUUUUGUUCGAG